AAGGAAGGACAACACAACUACCACUGACGGGUGGAGCCACAGCCUCUACUAGAGCCCCAUAAAACACCCAAGAAGAAGAGGCCAAGGAGGUGCAGACGGAGGCCUGGAGCAGGCUGCCCCGACAAGCAGCGUGCAGGCCGCCCCAGCCCCCAAGAUCACCGUGGUGUUGGGGGAGGCAGGGAUGAAGGACAGCAGGCGAUGAUGGGUCAGCGGCAGACAUUGUGGAAGCAGUCCUCUGAGUCGUGGGGAGGACGCCACAACAGACUACACUAUCAAGGAGACUGUCUGCCAGGAUCUUAUUCAAUAUUUCUGCCCCCGGGGAGACGCGCCCCGAGGGAGGAUCCGCCCCAGGGAGGGAGAAUAUACCCCAGGGAAGGAGUGGCCGCCAUGAUGGAUGACAUGUUUCUGGAGGGCAAGAUGGAGGUGGGGGAGGAGGUGCGGCGGCAGUGCCAUGACCCUAUGCUGGCCCCCACGCCGGUGCUGCUGGCUCGACGCGAGGUUCCGGCGCGCCACCCCCGGGCCACCACCACGCAGCUGCAUCACAUCAGCGAGGAGAUGCUGGUUUACCGCAAGCACAACCUCCUCUCCUGCCAACUGCCCGGCUCACCCAAGUCCACGUUCCUUAUGGUAUUCAGCCCCGAUGGGUCAAAGGUCGCCUCCACCCACGGCGACCACAACAUCUACGUCAGCGAGGUCAACACAGGUCAGUGCAUCUGUACGCUGGAGGGACACCCGCGAACCCCGUGGUGUGUGGCCUUCCACCCCGCCUCCAACGAGAUAGUGGCCUCGGGCUGCCUCGGCGGGGAGGUGCGCGUGUGGGGCCUCAAGGGCGGCAGUGAGGUGUGGACGACAGAGAAGAGCACGGUGAUCGCCUCCCUCGCCUUCCACCCCACGGACAAGGUGCUGGUCAUCGCCACCUACAAUGAGAUAUACUUCUGGGAUUGGUUCCAGCCGCAGCCCUUCACCAAGAUAUGCACGGCUGAUGAGAAGGAGAAAGUCAGGUGUGUGUGGGAGACGUAUGCGCAUGUGUGUGUGUGUGUGUGUGUGUGUGUGUGUGUGUGUGUAUUUACCUAGUUUUACCUAGUUGUG